CUUGCGCAGUGGUUCAUAACGCCCCUCUAGCCGUGUUCAUCCAGUAAGAAAAACGUGAGAGCUCGUCUAACUUAUUCAUUAGAAGCGGUGCAAACAAAACGGAAGUGGGGGUAUUAUCUCAAACCCAGGAGCUAUUGACUGUUCUUUUGUUUCCUAACUAGGGCCUUUGUCACUAAUCGUUUGGGUCUUGUAACCGCAGAUUUGUUGCGGCAGGGCCUGUUGAAGGGUGUAGACAGUGGGAUACAGGUAGAUAGAUAGAGAGAGAGAGAGAGAGAGAGAAAAGGAGAGAGAAAGAUAUAAACAAAGAUAACCAACCGGUCACGAUAGCCGUAAACCAUGGUUGCUGGCAGUCGGGUUACCCCAAGGCAUUCCAUAGCGAUGUAUCAUCUAUUAAUGUUUUCCGCUGUGUUGAUUAACAAUGUCAACGCAUCUAGUGGAGCGACCGGUGGUCGUGCUCCCGAGCGUGUCUUCUUCGAUGUCGAGGACGACGUCGGGUCCUUGGGAGAUGCUCAUGAGAGGAGACAUAGGGAUGCUGUCGCGAACCGCUGCCACAGUAGCGAAAAACUCCAACGGGAGGAUCACUCUCGCUACCCCCGCCACGCCCGGGGGAUGGACACCGGCGCCGCCCCUCAAGACGAAGAAGGCGGGGGUUUGGGUAGAGCGCUUUACUUCACCGCAGAAUCGGAUCUGCUCCUCUAUAAGAGGAUCGGGGAUGCUGGCUUCACGUUUCCAAGGCAACGCUUCACGAUGGAGCUGUGGGUUAAACCAGAAGGGGGGCAGUCCAGCCCCGCCGUUAUCGCAGAACUUUCGGAUAAAUGCAAAGCAUCCAAUAUUGUCUGGGGAUGGUCUCUGUACAUUGAUGUUCCUUCUCCGUGGAGUAUGGGUGGAGCUGAGUUUAAAUUUAGCCUCCAGACUGAUCGUUCCAUCGAAAACACCACCGUCAGAUCUCACCGGCCCUAUCUGCCCAAUACGUGGGUGCACGUUGCUGUUUCUUACGACGGCUGGAUGAUGAGGCUAUACCUGGAUGGCGCCAUGGUUGGUGCUGCGAUUGGACAACGGGGUGACGUUUUCAGCAUGGCGUCACAGCGAUGUAAGGAUUUCAGCCUCGGUGGGAGCCGAGUACACUGGGCGCCGUUUCGGGGAGCGAUCGGACAACUUCGGAUUUCGGACGAAAUAAGAUCGCACGCAGACAUCAAAACGUCUGCAUCACUCCUCGAAACAGACGCAGGACCGGAGUUCGUCAUCAGCGAAGACUUUGAUUCCGAACUCGUCAACUGGAGUCCAAGCGAGAUGAGGGAACCAGAGACAGUGAUCUCCGAUAUACAGAGGCAUCCAUCUUACCCUCACGUGACCGCUCCGAAGUGUGGUGUCACCGUUUGUGAUAACCCCGAAAUUGCGCGAAGCUACAUCAACAACCCGCAACUUCGAAGCCCUGUGACCCUCCGAUUCCGUCCGAUCGUGUUAGCCGAAGACGACGGUUCCAAUCCGACAGUCAGUUCGGCUGAUCUUCAGAUGCAGCAUCGGCUUUUAUCGGGGGCAUACGGGGCUCAUAACAUUACGUGGCGUGACGUCGGGGUAACAGUGGUGCGGAAUUCGUCGUUACGCCGUCGGCUCGUCAUAGCGGGAUGCGACCAUAAGAUUGGAAACAGAAGAUGCGACUUGGACUGCAAAUAUCACAUUACAGGUUAUGACGGCGGUGAUUGUGACGAGGUGCAAACCGAAUGUCCUGAUGAUCUGAAAGGUGACGGGGUGUGCCAACCUGAAUGUAACAAGGCGUACCAUGACUGGGAUGAGGGCGACUGCUGUACCCCUAUUAACACCACCUACCCCCCUUCCUGUGCCGAUCCCACCUCGCCGUACAGGUCCUACAUUUCUGCAGAAGAGCUCAAAGCAGUCAUUCAUCUCAACAACUCUGACGCCCUCAAUGUCUUCUUUGUGGACUUCGUCGACGUUGACAUCGAAGGGUUUGCGACGAUGCCGUGGGAGGUCACCGCUCAUUCGGUCAAAGGCGGCGUCGUCAUCCAAGGUGGUGCUCGUCUCACCAAUAACUCGCUCAUCCACGAGAUGGGCCACGCUCUCGGCUUGCUCCACGUUCACCACGGCGUCUCGGAGAUGAGCUGCACCGAUGAGUGCUACGAGCUCGCUGCCUCGCUGGAGAGCGGCGAUCUCGUCGAAGACACCAACCCGACGCCGACAAACCAUCACUGUCGAGAUCCUACUUCGGCGGAGAGUCGAGACGGGACAUUCCUCAUGUACCAGUCACUUUACCCCUCAGCAGGCUUCCCGCAUGCACUGCUACAUCGACCUCAUGUACCCCUCAUGGGACCCUUCCCCAACCCCCGGCACCGUACCCCUCCCUCCCAGGGUCAUGGAGGAGGGUCCAGAGGGCGGGGUGACGAUCGCCUGGUUACCGCCCUUGAACGGGUACCAUGGCGAGAACGAGUCACGGUGCUCAGAGUGCACGGCGGAGAACGCCUUCGUCCAGUACGCGUCCAGGGCAACGUCCGCUAA